AUGAACAGACAAGUCUGCAAGAAAUCCUUCAGUGGCGGCAGCCAGGGCUUCUCCGGCCGCUCGGCUGUGGUCUCUGGUGGCAGCAGCAGGAUGAGCUGCGUGGCCCGCUCUAGAGCAUCUGGUGGUGCCGGCGGCUUUGGCAGUCACAGCCUCUACAACCUGGGUGGCACCAAGAGCAUCUCCAUGAGUGUGGCUGGGGGCUCCAGGGCCGGCGGCUUUGGGGGAGGCCGAGGCAGCUGUGGCAGUGGUUUUGGUGGGGGCUUUGGAGGAGGCUUUGGUGGUGGCAGAGGAAUGGGAGGGGGCUUUGGGGGUGCUGGUGGCUUUGGGGGAGCUGGUGGCUUUGGAGGUGCUGGUGGUUUUGGAGGUGCUGGCGGUUUUGGAGGUGCUGGUGGCUUUGGAGGAGCUGGUGGUUUUGGUGGGCCUGUUGGUUUUGGUGGGCCUGGUGGUUUUGGUCCUGGUGGCUUCCCUGGGGGAAUCCAGGAAGUGACUGUCAACCAGAGCCUCCUGCAACCCCUCAAUGUGGAGAUCGACCCCCAGAUUGGACAAGUCAAGACGCAGGAGCGAGAGCAGAUCAAGACCCUCAACAAUAAGUUCGCCUCCUUCAUCGACAAGGUGCGCUUCCUGGAGCAGCAGAACAAGGUCCUGGAGACCAAGUGGGAGCUGCUCCAGCAGCAGGGGACCAGCUCUGGCACCGGCACCAACAACCUGGAGCCCUUCUUCGAGUCCUACAUCAGCUUCCUGCGCAGACAGCUCGACCUGGCUGUGGGAGAGAGGGGCAACCUGGAAUCCGAGCUGAAGAACAUGCAGGACAUGGUGGAAGAUUUCAAAAAGAAGUAUGAAGACGAGAUCAACAAACGAACUGCUGCAGAGAACGAGUUUGUGGGACUUAAGAAGGAUGUGGACUCGGCCUACAUGAACAAGGUGGAGCUGCAGGCCAGGGUGGACGGCCUGACGGAUGAGCUCAACUUCCUGAGGACCCUCUAUGAGAUGGAGCUGUCCCAGAUGCAGAGCCAUGUCAGCGACACGUCCGUGGUCCUGUCCAUGGACAACAACCGCUGCCUGGACCUGGACAGCAUCAUCGCCGAAGUGCGCGCCCAGUAUGAGGAGAUAGCCCAGAGGAGCAAGGCCGAGGCCGAGGCACUGUACCAGACCAAGUUGGGAGAGCUGCAGUCCACGGCGGGCAGACAUGGGGAUGACCUGAAGAGCACCAAGAGUGAGAUCAUGGAGCUCAACAGGAUGAUCCAGAGGCUGCGGGCUGAGAUCGAGAAUGUCAAGAAGCAGAACGCCAGCCUGCAGGCCGCCAUUGCAGACGCAGAGCAGCGCGGGGAGCUGGCCCUCAAGGAUGCCGACGCCAAGCUCCAAGGCUUACAGGCCGCCCUGCAGCAGGCCAAGGACGACCUGGCCCGGCUGCUGCGCGACUACCAGGAGCUGAUGAACGUGAAGCUGGCCCUGGACGUGGAGAUUGCCACCUACAGGAAGCUGCUGGAGGGCGAGGAGUGCAGGAUGUCCGGAGAGUGUCAGAGUGCUGUGUGCAUUUCCGUGGUUAGCAACGUCUCCAGCAGCAGCAGCAGCGGUGCUGGCGGAAGCCGGGGAGGCUUCGGAGGGGUCAGUGGCGGCAGCAGCGGCAGCUUCAGAGGUGGCAGCAGCAUUGGUGGCAGAGGCAGCAGCAGUGGCGGCUAUGGCAGCGGCAGCAGCAGCAGCAGCAGCGGGGGCCGCGGCAGCAGCGGCGGGUUCCAGAGCGGCAGCGGCGGCGGGUUCCAGAGUGGCAGCAGCAGCAGCAGCGGGGGCCGCGGCAGCAGCGGCGGGUUCCAGAGUGGCAGUGGCGGGUUCCAGAGCGGCAGCAGGCUGGGCAGUGGAGGCAGCAGCUCUACCAGCCAGAGCGGCGUGGGCUCCGGCUCCGGAGGCAUCCAGACCUCAGGAAGCGGCGGCUACAAGUCUGGCGGUGGCGUGCGCUUCUCCCAGACCCCCAGCUCCAGCCAGCACAGCUCCAAGUAAUCCCUGGUCAUAU